GGGGGGGCGGGGCGCAGGCGCGGAGCGUCCCGCAGUGGGCGCCGGGGCAGCCGGGCUCCUGCGUUCUCCCGCCGCAAGCGUUCGGUUCCCGGCGGGCUAACGGCGUCUAGCCGAGGCCGGGACGCUCCCAGCGUGGCGUAAGAGUCCUGUUGCACCGCGACAGUCCCGCCGAUCGGGUUCCUUGCGGAGUCUUCGACUUGUUCGAGACCCGAUGGCCAAAAGAAAGGAAGAUAAUUUCUUCUCUCCUGAAAAUGCCAAAAGACCAAGACACGAAGAGCUGGAGGAUUUUGAUCACGAUGACGAUGGUACUUCUACUUUGACUGCAGCAGACGUUGGAAUAAUUGAGAGCAUUCAGCUAAAAAACUUCAUGUGCCAUUCGAUGCUUGGACCCUUUAAAUUUGGUUCUAAUGUCAAUUUUGUGGUUGGCAACAAUGGAAGUGGGAAGAGUGCAGUACUUACAGCUCUCAUAGUUGGUCUUGGUGGAAAAGCAGUCGCCACUAAUAGAGGAUCUUCUUUAAAAGGUUUUGUGAAAGAUGGACAGAACUCAGCAGAUAUCUCAAUAAAAUUGAGGAACAGAGGUGAUGAUGCCUAUAAAGCAAAUGUGUAUGGCGAGUCCAUAAUUGUGCAACAGCACAUCAGCAUGGAUGGAAGUCGGUCCUAUAAACUGAAAAGCUCAACAGGCACCGUGGUUUCUACCAAGAAAGAAGAGCUGAUUGCAAUUCUUGACCAUUUUAACAUACAGGUGGAUAAUCCGGUUUCUGUUUUAACACAAGAGAUGAGCAAGCAGUUUUUGCAGUCUAAAAAUGAUGGAGACAAAUACAAAUUCUUCAUGAAAGCAACCCAACUUGAACAGAUGAAGGAAGAUUAUUCAUACAUUAUGGAAACAAAAGAAAGAACAAAGGAUCAGAUAAGUCAAGGAGAAGAGCGACUCGCUGAACUGAAGCACCAGUGUUUAGAGAAAGAAGAACGUUUUCAAAUUAUUGCUGGUUUGAGUACAAUGAAGACUGAUUUAGAACAAUUGAAACGUGAAAUGGCUUGGGCAGUGGUCAAUGAAAUUGAAAAACAGUUGAAUGCUGUCAGAGAUAAUGUCAAAAUUGGAGAAGAUCGUGCUGCCAGACUUGACAGGAAAAUGGAAGAACAGCAGGUGAAGCUUAAUGAAGCAGAAAAAAAAUACAAGGAUAUUCAAGAUAAACUGGAAAAGAUUAGCGAUGAGACAAAUGCACGAGCACCAGAAUGUAUGGUAUUGAAGGAAGAUGUUAUUGCUAAGAAAAGGGCCUAUAAUGAAGCUGAGGUUUCAUAUAACCGUUCCCUAAAUGAGUGUAAGGCGUUAAAGAAAGAUAAUGAGCAGCUUUGUAAAAGAAUUGAAGAACUAAAAAAAAGUGCCGAUCAAUCUUUGGAACCUGAGCGGUUGGAAAGGCAAAAAAAAAUAUCUUGGUUAAAAGAGAAAGUAAAGGCCUUACAAGAUCAAGAAAGUUCAGUCAAUCAAGAGAUCGAUCAGUUUCAGCAAGCCAUAGAAAAGGACAAAGAAGAAUACAGUAGAAUUAAGAGAGAAGAAUUAGAUGUGAGGCAUACACUGAGCUAUAAUCAGAGGCAACUGAAAGAAUUGAAAGAUAGUAAAACUGAUCGACUGAAACGAUUUGGCCCUCACGUUCCAGCUCUUCUUGAAGCAAUAGAUGAGGCUUAUAGACGUGGGCAAUUUACCUACAAACCUGUAGGCCCCUUAGGAGCCUGCAUUCAUCUCCGGGACCCUGAGCUUGCACUGGCGAUUGAGUCUUGCUUGAAAAGCCUUCUGCAGGCCUACUGCUGCCAUAACCAUGCUGAUGAAAGAGUACUGCAGGCGCUGAUGAGAAAGUUUUACUUACCAGGGACCUCACGGCCCCAGAUAAUAGUAUCUGAGUUUCGGCAUGAGAUGUAUGAUGUAAGACACAGAACUGCCUAUCAUCCCGAGUACCCAACAGUUCUGACAGCUUUAGAAAUAGAUAAUGCAGUUGUUGCAAAUAGCCUGAUUGACAUGAGAAGCAUAGAGACAGUGCUCCUAAUCAAAAGUAAUUCUGUAGCUCGUGCCGUAAUGCAGUCCCAAAAGCCCCCCAAGAAUUGUAGAGAAGCUUUUACUGCUGAUGGUGACCAGGUUUUUGCAGGACGUUAUUACUCAUCUGAAUAUACAAGACCUAAAUUCCUAAGCAGAGAUCUGGAUUCGGAAAUAAGCGACUUGGAGAAUGAGGUUGAAAAUAAGAAGGCCCAGAUAUUAAGUCUUCAGCAACACUUGUCUGCCCUGGAAAAGGAUACUAAACGCAAUGAGGAAUAUCUUAGACAGUGCCAGCUACAUUAUAAAGAGUUAAAGAUAAAAAUAAGAAAAUGUAUUUCCGAAAUUCGGGAACUUGAGAAUAUAGAAGAACACCAGUCUGUAGAUAUUGCAACCUUGGAAGAUGAAGCUCAAGAAAAUAAAAUAAAAAUGAAAAUGGUUGAGGAAAACAUGGGACAACAAAAAGGAACUAUGGAGUAUCUGAAAAGCCUGAAAAUAGAAGCAGAAAACAAGUAUGAUGCAAUUAAAUCGAAAAUUAACCAGCUGUCAGAGCUAGCAGAUCCACUUAAGGAUGAAUUAAACCUUGCUGAUGCUGAAGUGGAUAACCAAAAGCGAGGGAAGCGGCAUUAUGAGGAAAAACAAAAAGAGCACUUGGACACGUUAAAUAAAAAGAAACGAGAACUGAAUAUGAAAGAAAAAGAACUAGAGGAGAAAAUGUCACAAGCAAGACAAAUCUGCCCAGAGCGUAUAGAAGUACAAAAAUCGGCAUCAACGCUAGACAAAGAAAUUAAUAGAUUAAGACAGAAGAUACAGGCAGAACGUGCGAGUCAUGGCGACCGAGAGGAGAUAAUGAGGCAGUACCAAGAGGCAAAAGAAAACUAUCUUGAUCUGGAUAAUAAAGUGAAGACUUUAAAAAAGUUUAUCAAAUCACUGGAAGAAAUAAUGACCCAUAGAUACAAAACAUACCAACAAUUUAGAAGGUGUUUGACUUUACGAUGCAAAUUGUACUUUGACAACUUAUUAUCUCAGAGGGCCUAUUGUGGAAAAAUGAAUUUUGACCACAAGAAUGAAACUCUUACUAUAUCAGUUCAGCCUGGAGAGGGAAACAGAGCUGCUUUCAACGACAUGAGAGCCUUAUCUGGCGGCGAGCGUUCCUUCUCCACGGUUUGCUUCAUUCUCUCUCUCUGGUCCAUUGCUGAGUCUCCUUUCAGAUGCCUGGACGAGUUUGAUGUCUACAUGGAUAUGGUUAACCGGAGAAUUGCAAUGGACAUGAUCCUGAAGAUGGCAGAUUCCCAGCGUUUCAGACAGUUUAUCUUGCUUACUCCUCAAAGCAUGAGCUCACUUCCGUCAAGUAAAUUGAUUAGAAUUCUUCGAAUGUCUGAUCCUGAAAGAGGACAAAGGACAUUGCCUUUUCAACCGGUGACUCAAGAGGAAGAAGAAAAUUGAAGUUGAUUUGUAACUUAAUAUGCCAUGUCUUCACAUUGAAAGAUUUGUAGAGGGAAAAAAAUUCAGGGCUAUUUGAUUGAAUAAAAUGAAACAAAAGAUAUUCUAAAAUAAAAGAGAUUCCUUUAUAUAGCUAACCACAAUAAAAUAUGUAAAUAAGCCUAAAAAACCAACUACAACAAGCAAUUUAAAAUUACUGUUACUUUACUUUGAGAAAAUCAGUUUCAUAGUACUGGUUUUAAAUCUUUUUAAGUUUGUGUCUUUGUUUUAUUUUUAACCAUCUACUUUUAUAGAUUCUUUUUCAGAAGUAAAAUUUUGUACAUAUGUACAUGUACAUAUCUGUUUCAUUUGGUAUUUCAUUCUAUAGUAUUUUGUAAGAAUUAAAAUAAAAGUUUGCGUACCUGAUUCUAUUUAGUUUUGCUUUUCCAGAAUUCUGCAUUCUCAUUGCAGGGGGUGGGGUGCAGAGCCUGCAGAUGGGGACCAGUUCACAGUGGAUUUUUUUGUCUGGUUUCUGCUUAUUAAUUAUGGGAGACUUACACAGAACUUUAAAAAAUCUGGUCAGAGUCCCUGCACAGGUGUUUUUUAACCUAGAGAUACUGUAGAUUUGGCAGCACUUCUAAUUACUGUGUUUCAUCAAAUCUAACAUGCUGUCUAUAAGAUACGGACGAAACACUAAAGCACCGCCCUUUCAGACAAUGCCUUUCUCUCGGUCCUUUAACUGUCGUCCACUCAGCUAAGUGUCUAGCCCGGGUCAGGACUGGGUUAUGACACGGUUCUGCACCUUGGCCUGCAGCAUGCUUGCCUGGCUUAAAGUCCAGUUUUCAAUCCAGGCGCACACAAGCCCUGGCUCAGCGGACAGGACACAGGCCAGAAGGACACUGCGGACCCAGCCAAGGUGGGACGGAGGGGGCUUCCACUGGACAAGGAAAGGACCAGGAGCCAGAGGCCCGCCUGUUGAUGGUGAGCUGGCAUCAAUUAUAAGACACAUCCUGAUUACAGAGUUGUUGAAAAACAUGCUUCUUAGAAUGAUAAAAUAUAGUGUAUGGAAGAAAUGGUAUUUAUGAACUUUUUUUUUAAAGAGCAUGACUAGGACUGCUGCCUUCUCUGUUUGAUGUUAGGAUUAGUGUUAAACUUUUUAAAAACAGGUGGAUAUCCAACAAGAAGCCAUCCCUAGAUUGGUAGCAAUCAAUACUUAGGAAAUUGAAAAGGAGGUGUUUUAGGGGAAAAGGCAGUAUUUUUAAAGUAGCAGCUCAUCAAUAGUUACUGUGAAAAACUGGAUUAUGUUUUUUAUUUUAGUGGAGGGAGGAAGUGUAAUUUAGCCUUAAUUGAGAUCAAUUGGCAAAUGAGAAGUCCAAAAACGUGUGCUUUUCUAAUGUAAGAAUUUACAGAAAGAGAAAAUGUAUGCUGAAUGUUUUAAACAUCCCCCAGUAACCCAUACGAAGUCUGAUUUUUUUAGUUACAUUUAUAACUAAUGUCCAUCAAAACCAUUUUAACAUACAUGUGCUUUUCAAAUAAAAAAUGAAGUAGAGUAA